GGAGGAGAGGAAGGACAUUAACUCACGCGGUGUGACAGCUGCUUUCUUAUUUAAUGGGGGGCUCUCUGGCCAGAAGGCAUCAGAAGUAUCCCCAAGACAGCAGAAGCAUGGCAGAGGAGCUGGGGCUGGGCUUUGGGGAAGCAGUCCCAGUGGAAAUGCUGCGGGAAGGCUGCCGGCACAGGCGAGAGGCCAGGACCGGGCUAGCAGCCAGGAGCAAAGCCUGUUUGGCUCUCACCUGCUGCCUGUUAUCAUUUCCCAUCCUCGCAGGACUUAGCACCCUCCUGAUGACUGGCCAGCUCCGGAUCCCCGGAAAAGACUGUAUGUUUCCGACUGUGACAGAAGAGAGGUCUGCCCCUUCAGCACAACCAGUUUACACACCUUCCAGAGACAAGCCAAAAGCCCACCUGACAAUUGUGAGACAAACUCCUGUACCACAUCUGAAAAAUGAACUGGCUGCUCUACACUGGGAGAAUAACCUAGGGAUGGCCUUCACCAAGAACCGAAUGAACUACACCAACAAAUUCCUGGUGAUCCCAGAGUCAGGAGACUAUUUCAUCUACUCCCAGAUCACAUUCCGAGGAACCACAUCUGAGUGUGGUGACAUCAGCAGGGUGAGACGGCCAAAAAAGCCAGACUCCAUCACUGUGGUUAUCACCAAGGUAGCAGACAGCUACCCUGAGCCUGCCCACCUCCUUACAGGGACCAAGUCUGUGUGUGAAAUAAGCAGCAACUGGUUUCAGCCCAUCUACCUUGGGGCCAUGUUCUCCUUGGAAGAAGGGGACAGGCUGAUGGUAAAUGUCAGUGACAUCUCCUUGGUGGAUUACACAAAAGAAGAUAAAACUUUCUUUGGAGCCUUCUUGAUAUGAGGAGGAAGCAACCAUCAUUCCACGGGGUUUUCCUGCCUUCUACUUCCCAAUUUCCUUUGCUUAUAUGGAACUAUAAACAGGGGCUUUAGAGGGAUCAGGGAUAGGGAACAGUGGUUUAGCUAUAUAAUUUAGGAACCCAAAGUUGAUCCUUAUAUGCCUUAUGGACUGAAAUAGUAAAUGAAGAACUCAGAACAGCUCCUGGUUGAUAGAGACCUGCUGGGUUUUAAAAAUUCAAACACCCAUCAUCCAAUGGCACAAAUCUACUGGUCUCACGGUGCCCUCUGUCCUAGACCUCUCUGAACCAGCAGUUCAGUUACAGCUGAAUUUGAUAAUAAACUUACUUCAGUCCAAGAGUUAAGGACAGAAUGCAAAGAAAGUCUGAGAAAACGAUUUAAUUCCUCCAGAGGCAAAAGUCUUUUGUUUGCAUUUCGACAUUCUCUUGUGCCUAACCUAAAAACUAAGAAAGAAAGAAACAACAACAACA